AUGUCCAGCUCUACUCCCACGGUCAAGGACCUCUACAGAGUGGUCACCGCUGACUUGACCGCAUAUGUCGCUCAAGACAGGUCCAAGGAACAAGAGCCAAUUCAACCUCGCGACACCAUUCAAGCCUAUCUCGACCGGUUCAUCAAAGCAAACGGCACGAGUUCGUCGUCCCCGUCACACCACCACCACCACGCCCACCAUAACAAUCACCAUCAUUUCGGAUCAGCACCGUCCACGCCUUUGAGUGCCAGCACACACACGUCCGUUAGUGGCUCAGCCAUCAGCAACCUCGCUACCGCUGCUGCAGGAGGACCUUCUACAGUCGGAACUCCUUCCGCAGCGACCCCAGGAGGCGCACAGGGCCAAACUGCCGCUGCUGGUCAGCGUCACGUCAACGAGCUCUGGUACCAGACUCUUGCCAAUAAUCUUCAGCCCCACAAUGCCAGCAACCUGCCCUUCGCCUUCCACAGACUCAACCAGUCCUUGUCGCCUUCAUCUUCGAUGCCAGCCUCGCAGACAGUCUCGGUGACCGGUUCACCCAUCAUGGGCAGCGCAGGAGCUUCGCUCGGAACAGGACAAGGAGCAUCUGCUGCUCCCAACAUGAGCCAGACAUCAACCCCAUCGAUUCAGUCUACUGGAUUCACUAGUGCGACCGCUCUGGCAAACACGUCACUCGCGGCGCAGCGUUUCUCAGCCCAUUUGAUUACACUGUACACUCAGCAAGGGAUGGACAAGGCUCCGAUUGGGUUGGUGGCGAGCCGAAUGAUUGUCUACUUGACCCACCUCCUGCCGUUUCUGUCACCUCAACUCGUCAUCUUGGACUGGUGGGAUCGACUUAUCGAGCCUGCGCUGCAAGGAGAAAUCAAGCUGGAGAAGGAAUCCCUCAAGGCCUGCAGGGAUUUGGUGACGGACUGUAUGACUCGGGAUCCUCUCAUGGACAUCCAUGGCUCAGGAACUGGAUCGUGGCUGGUCGCAGGAGACGAGGAGGGGCAGCUGGACAACUCGCAGGCCAUGAAUGCUAUGCCUAUUCCUCAGUUUGUACUUCGAAAGUACAUCCAAGCAGCGCACAAGUUAAACCACCGACUCGACGAAUCGGACCAAGCAGAUGGAGCGUCAGGAUGGUGGGGUAACGCCAAACUCGGAUCGAACCUGGCGCCUGCAGGUCAUGCUGGACAUGGCGGCACUAGCACCAGAGCAUUUGCAGGAGCAUUCUCAGCAUCUUCGGCUUCCCUCUCCUCCUCAGCCACCUCCAACUCUCACCAAAAGCCAGAAUACCCACCCGUGCAACAGGAUCUUGAAAGUCAGCAGAGACUUUUCAACCGAGCAAGGGCAGUCAUCAGGAGGAAGAAGGAUAUUCUUGUCAAGAACCUGGAGAUCAUUUUGAUUGCCUAUGGUGGAGGCGUCGGGCGGGUCAAGGACUUUUUCAGCUGUCUGUACACUUACUUUGUCGGAGCGAAAUACAGAGCGGAGAUUUUGGGUCUGCUGUGUCAGUUCCAUCGCAGACAGCGCGUCCAUUUGCAUCAAAUUCUGGCGACACCCCUUUUCGACUCUUUGAUGCUCUCAUUGAAGAAUGAUACUUCGCCGUUGAUUGUGUCUUUGGGACUGAUGACAUUAAUCAUGCUGAUGCCAAGAAUUCCUGCAGCGUUGAACGACCGACUUCCAGAACUGUUUUUGAUCCUCAGCAGGAUUCUCUGCUGGCCUCGGUCUCGGCAGCAACUGAUGGCAGUGGCGUACCAGGAAGGAGAUAACUUGACAGGACAGACGUUGAAGUCAUUCGACGAGUUUGAGGAGAGCAGCCCUUCUUCGUCUGGUACCGCGACUAACAAGACGCAAGGUGCAGAGGGAAAGGCAGGAGACGCCCCUUCCUCGCCAGACAACAUUGAGUAUGAAGACAUUCCCCUCCACAGUCUCGGAAUUCGUUGGCGACGCUAUGGCCCUGCUGUUAUUGGUGGAACAUCUGAGGGAGCGCCUGACCCGACUGCGAUCUUUUCCUUCCUCUAUGGCAUGUACCCCUGCAACCUUCUGAGAUUCUUGCAUGCACCGCGAAAGUACAUCUCGGAGCAAUCAAGGCCUGUAGGAUCGCCCAAUCAAGGGUCUAGCAUUGGAUCCCCAGCACGGGAGGGUGAUUUUAUUGUCCAGAGUUCCGAGGAAACUGUAAUGUCGCCCAAAGAGCCAAGCAUCGGCCAGCCUGUGUACAUUGACGAGGAUCUGGUAAAGUCUCGUGUCCAAAACCUGCUCAGGCGCCACUCGUUGCACCCUGAUCUUCUGACCCUUUCAUGCGAGCAGGAGUUGUCCAACAAGGCGAGAUGGCAAAAGUUAGAACCUAUGGAGAUUGUUGCGAUGUGCGUUGGACUGGAUGUUUGGAGUGCAGGAGGGCUUUACGGAAUGGGGCCUGUACUACGCUCGAUUGAGGAGGAUCAUCAUGGCGCCGACCAUCAGGACAGCGACGACAAUGCCGACGAUGCUGAUGCUACGACACCAACAGGUGCGCGUACUCCAGAUGGAACAUUGGCUACUGGAUCCCAUGUUCGAGAGUCCUCCGUCCAGUCGCUCGCCCGCGCAUCAGUCGAAUCAUUUGCAUCGGAAGAGUCAGAAGGAACACCGAUUGAGAUAUUGGCACAGGAAGACUUUUUUGGUCCUCGGUUGGUCAACAAGGAGAGCUCGAUGCGGUCUCUGAACCCUGGCUCGAACCCCAACUUUUUACGUGGCCCUACUCAGCCGUUUACCAGAUUACGGACAACUUCGAGGGAUGUCAGAAUGAGCCAGAUCCUCAGGAAUUACGCGACCCUGCGAGGACUGGAUCAGGAGGACUACAUUAACGAGGUUGCGCAAAGCAAGGCAUUGGGACCUGGCAUUGCGCAGCGGGAGCGUCGUGGUUCUUCUCAGCGGAGCAGCGGAGCUUGGUCUUCGCCAGCAGCAGUGGUCGUAGCGGCGCUCGAGGCGGUGACACCGGACGGACCUGUGGCACCAACGUCAGGAGAGAGCUCGGCCAUGACGACGCCUACAGAUAGCCGGCGAGGGUCAAUCUCCCAACCCACAAACAUGUUGGCCUUGACGCAGUUGAACAGAGAGUACCGGGAGAUUAUUGUUCACCUAGAGCGAGACCUUUUGAUGGCCAAGAACGAGCUCAACUUCGAGCUUUUCCUCAAGCAGCAGCACAUCCAGCAAAUCUCCAAGGUCCACCGAGCGCACGUCCUGGAUGCUAGUGUUGAAGCUGAGCGCCAAAACUUGUACAACACUUGUCGAUCUUUGAAGGCCCAGUUGCACGAGACGCGGUCGCUCUUGGAGAAGGAAAAGAGCGAGCUCGAGAGGCGCAAGAAUAAGCAGACCCAUUGGGACACGGAGUUGAAGAACAAGGUCCAGACCUUCCGAGACGAGCGCAAGCAGUUACAGUUUGAGGUCGAGCGCUUGAAGCAGGAUAUCAAGGAUACGCGGCAGACCCAAGAGAUCCAGGAACGAUUGCUAACCGAAGAGCGCAAAGGAACAUUCCAAUUGAAGAACUCGAUUGAGGAUCUCUCGCCUAAACUGAAGCGCAUGGAGGAAUAUGAGAAGAGGAUCGAGGAUAUGACCCGCCAACUUGUGCUCUGGGAAACCGAACAGUUCAAGAACCAGGAAACACAACGGCAGUUGGAGGGCGUUGUGAGCCGUUGGCAGAGUCUUGAGCUGCUGCUUGCUGCCGAGAAGGAGGAGUCAAGGAUUUUGCGGAACCGUGUCUCGCAACAGUCGCAAGUCAUGGAUGACAUGAAGAUCCAGAUAGCCAUGAUGGAGGGGCGACUGCCAAAUCUACAGGAGGAUUCGUCUAUGGAUCACUCAGAGGACGAGAGCAUUGACGAUGACGGUGAUCAACACGGCGCGAGCAGCAGUGUCCGUGAUGGUAUGGGAGAGAUUGCAAUCUGGAAGAUGUCAGGCCGUCGAAAGCUGCUCAUGGGUAUGGGUCACCAACACUCUGGAGGCAGCGGCACCGGCAUGGAAGUGGGAUGGCCUUCUGGUUUCAGUCGCUCCAACAGCAACCAGAACGGUUUCGAUCAACAGCGGCGAGCUGAAGCCAUGCAGGAGUUCAUGGCCAAGGAGAAGGAGCGUUGGGACCAAGAACUGCAGCAGGCCCACAACAAGUGGUCCAAGGAAGCCGUCAGGAACCAGGAGCUGGAGGAACGGAUCUUGGACCUCCAGGGGCAGGUCGAAAUGGCACAGGCGAUGAGUCGGCGGCAGCGGCACUUUGGUAUUGGAUAUCAAGGUGGCCAUCCUGGAGACGGGAGCGGUGGAAGUGGAGGUGGAAGUGGAGAUACCACUGGAGGAGAAGGCGGUCUCGGAGGUGGUGCUGAUGGAGGUCCUUUAAUUAUGAGUAUGUCGUCUCAGCCGCAGGAUGUUCCUCGUAUGACACCAACGAUAGGAAUGCGGAUGCACGACCAGUUUGCCGAAGUUGACACAGACGAUGGUGGUGUUGGGUCGAGCGGGACGAUUGGCCGCUACAGUCAACGUCAACCAGAGUCAACCGAGGACGAGGAUGACGACCCCAGAAUGCGCCAGCGAGGGAGUUUAAUGAACAUUGGAGAAGGGCAGUCAGCAUUGGGCUACCAUUCAUCGGUCCCGACGUCUAGUUCAUCACGGAGCAAAGGAAAGAGCACUAAGCCCAAGACCAGGUCCAAGUGGCUCCUUCAGCAGCAAUCGCAUCAACUGCCACAACCACCUCCACCUUUUGAACGCGCCCAGUCGGAUCGAUCGAUCAGCUCUCACCUCGGGAUGACAGGUCCGCUUUCAAUCUUGGAUCUCACACGAUCGCCUCACCCGUCGGCUAUACUCAACCCCCGGAUGAGUACUGAGUCCUCAUCGACCACCAGUAGUAGUGCCGCAGCUCGUUCCGCCUCUGGAGGAUUGUUCCUGCCUACGAUGUACACUCGCAACAUGUCGCAUCUGUCCGAUGGUGGGAGCAGCGAUGUGACUACUGCAUCUGACAGCAGUACGACUGGAAGUGCAACUCAGCGGACUGGUGACGGUAACAGCAGCAGCGGCGGAGGAGAAGGUCGCGCCGAGAGUGUCGAUGGCAACGGCGAAGGAGGAUCUGGGUCUGGAACUGGUACAGGAUCAGGAAAUGACAAAAAAAAGUCGAGUAAGAGCAAGUCUGUGCGGGACCGGGAGCGGGACAAGAUCCGGAUGAUGAGCGGGAUGGGGCCUCUUGUUGAUCCCAGCAAGAUGUACCGCAACGUCCGCAUGAUCUAA